UUCAAGAUGCAUCAGCAGGAGAGCAUGUCCUCUGAUUCCCUGUCAGAUGUGCCGUUUUCAUCGAGACACCGGAUAUCACGUGGCCACUCCUGUGAAGAGCGAACUGUGUGGAACCCAAAGUACUGUGUGGUUGCUGACUGUCAGAUGCUGCUUCUGAAUGAGGAGGAGGUGGAGAGGCGCUCGCCAUCAUGCAAGGUCCAUCUCCUGCGACGCACCAUCAGCGUUCCAGUGGAAACUCAGUUUCCAGAAUUCCACAGCCAGCUGUCCACUGAGAGCGAGUCUCCUCCAGAGAGGACGGGACGCCGACGCAGCAUGCCAGGCAGCUCGUCAGACAAGGCUGCACCCGCUAUGGAGGCGACGUCCACUGCUGCGACACCUUUCAGAGUCACCAUGAGUACCGGAUUUCUCAGUCGACGGCUGAAGGGCUCGAUAAAACGUACAAAGAGUCAGCCCAAACUUGACCGUAACUCCAGCUUCAGGCACAUCCUUCCUGGCUUCAGGAGUGUGGACAAUGACAGAUCUCAUCUGAUGCCAAGGCUGAAGGAGUCUCGCUCCCAUGAGUCACUGCUCAGCCCCAGUAGCGCUGUGGAAGCCCUGGAUCUAAGUAUGGAGGACGAGGUUAUCAUCAAGCCUGUUCACAGCAGCAUCCUCGGGCAGGACUACUGCUUUGAGGUCACCACCUCCACGGGAACCAAAUGCUUUUCCUGCCGUUCGUCAGCCGAGAGAGACAAAUGGAUGGAGAAUCUGAGGAGAGCCGUGCAGCCCAACAAGGACAACAGCCGCCGGGUGGAGAACAUGCUGAGGCUGUGGAUUAUCGAGGCCAAGGAUCUGCCAGGGAAAAAGAAAUACUUCUGUGAGCUGUGUCUGGAUGACUCACUCUAUGCUCGCACCACAUGCAAGCUCAAGACUGACAAUGUCUUUUGGGGAGAGCACUUUGAGUUUAAUAACCUUCCCGCUAUCAAGAGCAUCACAGCCCACCUCUACAAGGACACAGACAAGAAGAAGAAGAAAGAUAAAAACAAUUACAUUGGACUCGUCAACAUCCCUGUCGCAGCCGUUACCGGACGACAGUUUGUGGAGAAGUGGUAUCCAGUCAGCAUGCCCACCCCCCCUAAGGGCAAGACAUCGGGGCCUAUGAUUAGAAUCAAGGCGCGCUAUCAGAGUAUGAACAUCCUUCCCAUGGAGAUGUACAAGGAGUUUGCAGAAUACACCACCAAUAACUACAUGCUGCUAUGCUCGGUGCUUGAGCCCGGGAUUAGCGUCAAGAACAAGGAGGAGAUGGCGUGCGCACUCGUCCACAUUCUACAAAGCACCGGCAAGGCCAAGACUCCCGGUCACUGGAAGAGUCGCGAGCGCGGCGCCCGGCACAAGAAUCGAACGGGCAAGAGUGUUACAGCGAGCACACACACGGCUGCUGUCCGCACACAUACGCGGAGGACCGUUGACGAGGUGCAGACGUUCCUGUGUCUGGUGGCUGACGAGAGGAUCCAGUGUGUUUGUGUCGUUUGUGUUUCCAUGACGACCACGCCCACGUUGAGGACGUACUUUGACGUUCUGGAAAGCGACGACAUGCCUGAUACCCGAACUGAGUAG